AUGUUGUGGCAUCUGACAAGACAGACAUCGUCCCAUCUUCUACGACAUGGACAUGGCCACAACCUCGUUUUUGACAGCCUCGCCCACCACAGCGCCGGGAAAGCAACCGUGAAGGACAGUAUCCGACUACCACGAUGGCAACCUUGCCAGCGCUGGUUACAUCUCUCACCAAGCAACCCGAUCCAGAUCUCCAGCGACCGCAGAUCCAUCACCAUCAGCCUCGCGAAUGGAGAAACGAUAACCCAGCAAUUCAGACCGACGCCCAAAAUCAGCAGUGAAAAGCUCCAACGUGCACUGGUUCCACUACUAUCCGAUUCAGGACCACAAGAAACCCAGUCUGCAUCUCGCAAGACGAGCACUGAGACCUGGCACCUCGAUCCCCGAGGCGAUGCCAUCCACCGGCAUUUUCUUUUUUCCUCGCAGCAAGCACGCGAGGAAGCAGUCCAGCAGAUCAUGCAGGCCGCCGAGGACAUGAAGCAUCAUCCGCACGUGGCUCGUGGUGGUGACUCGGGCGGUGGUUUCUACCCUCUCACCGUGACGUGUACUACGCAUCAACCUACGGGUCUGAGUGGGAAGGAUACCAGGUUGGCGGCGAGAAUUUCUGAGCUCCUGCUUGCGACGACAACCCCCGCUCUAGAUGAUCACGAGUCAGUUGAGCGGAUUCACGAAGAACAGGUCAGGCUUAUCCGGAUCAAUCGAGAGGCUAUUACGAAGGCGCUCGAGAGCUGUGGAUGCAGUUCGGCUAAAGCUGUCUCGUGA